GGGAUGUGAGAGUGGAGGGCUGUUUGGGUUUGGUUUGGCUGUGGCUCUGAACAAGCGCAGAGAGCUGCUGCAACUAUUAUUCUGGGUUGGGGAGAUUUGCAGACCUGGGGAAAGUUCCAGUACUCCUUUUCUAAGCAGGAGGUGGAGACCUUGAGGCAAGUUUUGGCCCUGAGACAACUCUUGGCCCCAGGAAGCUUGUCUGUCUCUGCACCUUAACCGCCAUCCAGCCCUGAAGUAAUUUGAUCCUCAAGGUUUUAGUGCCGCCCCCUUCAGAACCCAGCCAAUUCUCUACAGUAAGGCUUUCUAGAGCCGAUCCCACCAACAGGAAAAGGAAGCUGCCAGAGAAAGGGAGGGCCUACAGAGCCAGGGUAGCAGCAGCCAUCCUCCAGAAGGGGUGAUUGUUCGAGUCAGUACCAUGAGCCAUAAUUCCCAAGCCUUCUACACCAACAAUGCCGGACUUCCCCCAAGUUAUGAGACAAUCAAAGAGGAGUACGGGGUGACCGAGCUGGGGGAACCCCACAACUCAGCUGUUGUGAGAACCACCGUGAUCAACAUGCCCAGAGACGUUGCUGUGCCUGACCAUGUGGUCUGGUCCCUGUUCAAUACGCUCUUCUUGAAUUUCUGCUGCUUGGGUUUCAUUGCCUAUGCCUACUCUGUGAAGUCCAGGGACAGGAAGAUGGUGGGCGAUGUGAUUGGAGCCCAGGCCUACGCCUCCACUGCCAAGUGCCUCAACAUCAGUUCCCUGAUCUUCAGUGUCCUCAUGGUCAUUAUCUGCAUCAUUAUUGUCUCCACCACCUCUGUGGCAGUCAUUCAAGCCUUUUCACAAAGAGUGCCACAUUCUGGGUUCUAGUCCUGCCCUGUGCUCCACAGUCCAUGGCUGCCCGCCCCAGGCUGAGGCCUUCACCCUUUGUUUACCCUACGCAUAUGCAAAUGUUACUUUCAUAUAUAUCUGUCCACAGUGGAUCCAAUAAAGUAUGCACGGUGACACUUC